AAUGAAGAAGCUUCAUGAUGCAACCAUGGCAACUGUGUUAAAUGUGAUAUUCAAAUUCUUAAUUGCACUUAAGACAUCAAUUUAGAAUCUCCUUAAAUAAUUAAGAAACUCAAUGUACAUCACUUCUGAAGGAAAUGCAGACUUGGAAGGAGAAAACCAUGCUCCAGUAAAACAAGGACAUAUUUUAACUACAGAGAAAAUCACUUGUUUCACAAAGGAAACUGAUAUGUAUAGAUGCAUAUUUAAUAUGCUUAGAAAAUCAAUAUAUAGGUAAAAUAGAAUUCUUGAAGAGAUUACACCAUUUUGCAUCAUUAUGAGAGAAUACUUAUUUUUUUGUGGUGAAACAAGAUAGACCCUACAUUUUAAAGGACAGGAGGUGAAGCAGAACACUAAUGGGUAGAUCCAGAUAACUUCAGCAAACCAGGGACACCAAAUUAGGAUGUCACUCACCCAUUGUGUAUUACAGGCUUUUUCUCCUAUCUGAUUAACCCAGGGGAAGAUGAAGACUACAGACAAGAUUUAUUACACCCCUCAAAACCAUGCUUCUAUAAUAUAGUGGGUGAUAAAAACCUCUGGGGCUACUUUCACAGCAUCAUUCAUGUGACAACACAAAGAUAGUCACAUGGAGAAGAAUACCAUUGGACAUACUUUAGUUACUACUUUUCAUUUAAGAAAACCACCAAGAAAGAGGAAUCUCAGCAACAGGAGUGAGUAAAUACUGGAUCAAUUGAACUAAAAUGAUAAGGAAUCUUAAUAUCUUGUGAGAGUUAAAUUUAAAUGUGGUUGUCCAUGCUGCACUAUAUUCACAUGGAAGAAAUCACUGGAAAAUGACUUGAUACUGAAUGACCUUUAUCAGUUUCUGUUUCUCUACUAUGAAACCAAGCCACAAAAGUCACAUGCUGUGACUUUUCAAGACAAAAAUGCGCUUCCACUUGAAGAAAGUUGUGAGGUUUGUCAGCCUGAUUAUUCUUCUAUUUGUGCUGACCCAGCUGCUAAGUUAUCAGGAGGAGGUUCUGUCACAGAUUAAUCCAACAAUAAAUAAAAAAGAAACAACACAAUCAAUUUCUGCAGAAAACCUAAACAAUAAUGGCAUUAUCAAUGCCAAGGAGAGAUCACACUGCAAAGAUCUUGAGCCAAUUAAUCCUAUGAUAAGAGAGAGAUUUAUCUUCCAAAAGGUAAGCUCAAAACCAGACUACUUAGCUUUUUCUGCAUUCUACAGUGAUCAGCCAGGAGAUGCAUACUUUCUAAGGAUCAUUGGAAUAGGACGAUAUUUAAACAACAGGUUAGACAAGUCUGUGCCUUACCCACAGUACUGUCAACUGUGGUUCCAGAAGAAAGAUGGAAACACCGUGAAGGUCUAUAAUGAAGUGGUGCCCACUGUGGUACAAAUUAUGCCAGAACAGAAGUCAAAAAAGUAUCAUCCUGUUCUUUACUUAUGCUAUGGCCCAAAGAAUUACAAACUGAAAACAGUUCCUUAUGCUGUGUCUCUUGUGGACAGUAAAUGCAAGAAGCCACUCAAUUUCCUUAAGGUUGUCAAUACCAAAGAAGAAGCAAAAGGAAAAACACAACUAGACUUCGGGGUUUGUGUCACACCAUUUAAUUUCAACUACAAUAAAACACUGAGUUUUGUAGAAAAUCUUGAAAUACAGAAAAUGUUUGGAGCACAACAUUUCACUUUCUACAAUUUCAGUCUCAGUGAUAAAAUGAAGCCAGUGCUGAACUCUUAUGCAUCAGAAGGAAACAUAAGUGUCAUUCCUUGGCCUCUCCCUCCACACUUAAAGGUAGACAUUUGGCCUCCCAAUAAAAAACAUGUACCUAAUAUAUUCUAUUUUGCCCAAUUGGGAGCCCUAAAUGACUGCCUUUACAGGAACAUGUACAGAUUCAAGUACUUGCUCUUCUUGGAUUUAGAUGAAAUUGUUGUCCCUAGAAAAGAUGAAACCUGGAAAGAGAUGAUUGAAUCAGCUGCAAAAGUCAAAGGGUUUACUAAGAAUGCAACUAGUUAUAUGUUCAGAAAUACUUUUUUCCGAUUAGACUGGGGACUGCUGAGUGAUGACAGCCUUUCUGACAAGAGGAUACAAUUAUAUCACCCUUAUUCCUUGCUGUCUGUCAACAGGGAGAAAAGAAUAUGGAAUGCUGGCUCUAGAUCAAAAUACAUGAUAGUUGAUGCCCAAUGUGUCUCUGUGGUUGGUGUUCACCAAAUAUGGGGAUAUAUAAGUGGAAAGCGUUGCUACAAACACAAAUCAAUGAUAAUGCCUAUCAACAUAGGACUACUUCAUCACUACCGCAACUGGAAAAAGCCAGAGCAGAAAAAACAUGAUGCUAUGAUUAAAGACAACAAUAUCUUCAGGUUUAAAGAUAGUAUAAUCAGUAGAAUAGAAGACAGGUUCAAGAAAAUAACAUCACAAGGACAAAUAGAAUUUAUCCAAUGAAUGUGAAUAAAGAAACAAUAUUUUUAUGUUAUUGCCAAAACUGUAAAAAACAUUCCCAGAAAUUUAGAUCGAUCCAUC